AGAGCGCGCUACCGCAGACAGGGGGCGUCAACAUGGCGUUCUCUCCUCGACGACCGCACUGACUGCAACCUGCCAAUGAGCAAGAGACAGAGCGAGAGAGAGAGAGACAGAGAGAGAGAGAGAGAGAGAGAGGGGAGAGAAGCGUAGGUUACCAUUCUGUCAAGCCUCCAUCCUUUUUUCCAGCCCUAUGAAUCCCUACACAUUUCCAGGAGGAUAGGGUGAUUUCAGAAGAUUUUUUUUUUUUAAAACACCGCUCUCCCUUGUUUUUCCUGCGCAGUGGAUGGUUUUUGUGCGGCAGCGGCAGCAGACGCCCGAGCUUGUAGAGCAGGUGUGAGAGACAGCGGCGACCGCUCCUCUCCUCCCUGUUUCCAAGGGGAAAUGUCGAGCGAGAAGCCGGUUUCAGCACCACCGGGCUCUGCUUCUUCGCUCACGGACACAGACCGAGACUCUCAUCCUCCGCCGGGCUCCUCUGUGCAGCAGCAGCAGCAGCAGCAACAGCAGCAGCCGACGCCGCCGCAGCAGGUCGCCGCGGGCGCUGGCUCCGGCGCCACCGGGGAAAGGAUGGUGUCUGCAGCCGGCUCUAUGGUCCUCCCGGCCGGGGUGAUCAACCCCGCUGUCCCGAUCAGGAAUAUCCAGAUGAAAUUCGCCGUGUUGGUGGGCCUGAUCCAAGUCGGGGAGGUUAGCAACAGGGACAUCGUGGAGACGGUGCUGAACCUGCUGGUGGGCGGCGAGUUUGACCUGGAGAUGAACUUCAUCAUCCAGGAGGCGGAGAGCAUCGGCUGCAUGGUGGAGCUUCUGUCCCACUGCGAGGUGACGUGUCAGGCCGAGAUCUGGAGCAUGUUCACCGCCAUCCUCCGCAAGAGCGUACGCAACUUACAGACCAGCACCGAGGUCGGCCUCAUCCAGCAGGUGCUGCUCAAGAUGAGCAGCGUGGACGACAUGAUCGCAGACCUCCUGGUGGACAUGCUGGGAGUCAUGGCCAGUUACAGCAUCACAGUCAAGGAGCUGAAGCUGCUCUUCAGCAUGCUGAGAGGAGACAACGGCAUCUGGCCAAGACAUGCUAUCAAGCUGUUGUCGGUGUUGAACCAGAUGCCUCAGAGACACGGUCCUGAUACCUUCUUCAACUUUCCGGGACGCAGCGCAGCGGCUAUAGCAUUGCCACCAAUUGCCAAAUGGCCUUACCAGAAUGGAUUCACUAUCAACACUUGGUUUAGGCAGGAUCCACUCAACAACAUCAAUGUGGAUAAAGACAAACCAUACCUCUAUUGUUUUCGCACCAGUAAAGGAAUAGGUUACUCCGCUCACUUUGUGGGAAACUGUCUCAUCGUGACAUCGUUGAAGUCGAAAGGAAAAGGCUUUCAGCACUGUGUGAAAUAUGAUUUCCAGCCUCGUAAGUGGUACAUGAUCAGCAUCGUCCACAUCUACAACCGCUGGAGGAACUCUGAGAUCCGUUGCUAUGUCAACGGUCAACUGGUCUCCUAUGGCGAUAUGGCCUGGCACGUCAACACGAACGACAGCUAUGACAAGUGUUUCCUGGGUUCAUCGGAGACAGCGGAUGCUAACAGGGUGUUUUGCGGUCAGCUGGGAGCCAUUUACGUAUUCAGUGAAGCUCUCAACCCUGCUCAGAUCUUUGCCAUUCAUCAGCUUGGCCCAGGAUACAAGAGCACUUUCAAAUUUAAGUCAGAGAGCGACAUUCACCUGGCUGAGCACCACAAGCAGGUGUUGUACGAUGGCAAGCUGGCCAGCUCCAUCUCCUUCACCUACAACGCCAAGGCCACAGAUGCCCAGCUCUGCCUGGAGUCGUCGCCCAGGGAAAACCCCUCCAUCUUCGUCCACUCACCGCACGCGCUCAUGCUGCAGGAUGUGAAGGCCAUCGUUACCCACUCCAUCCACAGUGCCAUCCACUCUAUAGGAGGCAUCCAGGUUCUGUUCCCUCUCUUCGCUCAGCUGGACUACAAACAGCUCAACGACAGCUCCGUGGACACCACAGUCUGCGCUACUCUGCUGGCUUUCCUGGUGGAGUUGUUGAAGAGCUCGGUGGCCAUGCAGGAGCAAAUGCUGGGAGGGAAGGGCUUUCUGGUGAUUGGAUACCUGCUGGAGAAGUCGUCACGAGUCCACAUCACCAGGGCGGUCCUGGAGCAGUUCCUGUCCUUCGCCAAGUAUCUGGAUGGUUUACCUCACGGAGCGCCACUCCUCAAACAGCUCUGUGACCAUGUCCUCUUCAAUGCUGCCAUCUGGAUACACACCCCUGCCAAGGUCCAGCUUUCCCUCUACACCUACCUGUCAUCAGAGUUCAUCGGCACCGCCACCAUCUACACCACCAUCCGCCGCGUAGGCACCGUCCUGCAGCUGAUGCACACUCUUAAGUACUACUACUGGGCCAUCAACCCUCUGGAGUGCAGUGGAAUCACCCCCAAAGGUCUCGAUGGACCGCGGCCAUCCCAGAAGGAGAUCAUCUCGCUCAGAGCCUUCAUGCUGCUCUUCCUCAAACAACUCAUACUAAAGGACCGGGGCGUGAAGGAGGACGAGCUGCAGAGCAUUCUCAACUACCUAUUGACCAUGCAUGAGGAUGAGAAUAUCCACGAUGUGCUCCAGCUGUUGGUUGCUCUCAUGUCUGAACACCCGGCGUCCAUGAUCCCUGCAUUUGACCAGAGAAAUGGAAUAAGGGUGAUCUGCAAGCUCCUGGCCUCUAAAAGCGAGAGUAUCCGGGUCCAAGCCCUCAAAGUCCUGGGCUACUUCCUCAAGCACCUAGGUCACAAGAGGAAGGUAGAGAUCAUGCACACACACAGUCUGUUCACACUGCUGGGGGAGAGGCUGAUGAUGCACACCAACACCGUCUCUAUCACCACCUACAACACUCUAUACGAGAUUCUGACAGAGCAGGUCUGCACUCAGGUGGUCCACAAACCCCACCCUGAGCCGGACUCCACCAUCAAGAUCCAGAAUCCCAUGAUUCUAAAGGUGGUGGCCACCCUGCUGAAGAACUCCUCUCCCAGCGCUGAGCUGAUGGAAGUCAGGAGACUCUUUCUUUCCGAUAUGAUAAAACUCUUCAGUAACAGCCGCGAAAACCGGCGCUGCCUGCUGCAGUGCUCCGUGUGGCAGGACUGGAUGUUCUCCCUCGGAUACAUCAACCCUAAGAACCCUGAGGAGCAGAAAAUAACCGAGAUGGUCUACAACAUCUUCAGAAUCCUGCUCUACCACGCGAUCAAAUACGAAUGGGGAGGCUGGAGGGUGUGGGUUGACACACUGUCCAUCGCACACUCCAAGGUGACCUAUGAAGCCCACAAGGAGUAUUUGGCUAAAAUGUAUGAAGAGUACCAGCGUCAGGAGGAGGAAAACAUGAAGAAAGGCAAGAAAGGCUCAGUUUCCACCAUUUCUGGCCUUUCUGCUACACCUGCCCCUGUCGUCAAUGGCAACCUUGAGAUUGACGACAACUCCCAGACACAGACACCUGAGAGUGAGGCCGAGUACAGCGAGGGAGCUGGCAGUGAUUCACGCAACCUCCUUGCAGAAGGCACAGUGAAACGACCCAACGGAGAAGCCUUGACACCCGGGGAGCAGAGUGCUGGUCCAGGGGUGAGGGUGGAGGUCCACGACCUGCUGGUGGACAUUAAAGCAGAGAAGGUAGAGGCCACAGAAGUGAAGCUGGAUGAUCUGGACUUGUCUCCAGAAGGCCUUGGUGGAAGUGUAGGUGGAGGAAGUGGAGGAGGAAUGGAGAAUGGACCUCUGGUGGAGGUGGAUUCUCUCCUAGACAGUGCUUACUGUGCUGUAGUUCAGAACCUAAAUGGGAAUCUGGCACCUAAAGAUGACACACCGGGGUCAGGGGUUGGGAUGGGGUCAAGCCUGGGGCUUUCAGGAGUCAACCUUGAGGAUGAUGGGAACAUGGGGCCACUCAUCACAUUGGCUGAUGAGAAAGACAGUGUCCCGAGCAACAAUGGAUUUCUCUUCAGCAAGGUUGAUGAGAAGUUGCUUCCAGCUCUAGCAGCCACAGAUCCCCUUGUACUACCAAGUCCAGACCAGCCUGCUCCAUCCGGCCCAGUACCUGCUCACUCCACCACCAGCGCCAGUGAUGACCUCAGCCUCCUGGCCCACAUGACGAGCUGCAGCUCUGAUUUAACACAGACACAGAGCCACACUUCCGGGGAACUUCCAGAGGACGGGCCCUUCAAGAUCCAGAGCCCUCUUGCUGACAUCAGCUCAAUUGCUGAGGCUGAGAGCCAAACCCAGAUCCAGGGGGCCUCUAGACCAGAUUUCCCAGAGGGAGAGGGCACAACCGGGGCAGAGGGAGAGGCUGCGGGGCUUAAGACCGGGGGAGACACAGCCAGCACGACCUCUGAUACAGAGAGGUCGGAUGAUGGGAAGGACAAGGACACCAAGAAGAUCCAAACUACUGCAACUACUCAGGCCCUUCAUGGUCGCAGUGCAGCCCAGUUGGAGCGGGACCUGCGUGUUGAUCUGGGCUUUAGAGGCAUGCCCAUGACGGAGGAGCAGCGCAGGCAGUUCAGCCCCGGCCCACGCACCACAAUGUUCCGCAUCCCAGAAUUCAAGUGGUCUCCCAUGCACCAGAGGUUGCUCACUGACCUGCUGUUCGCCCUGGAGACGGAUGUGCACGUGUGGAGGAGCCACUCCACCAAGUCGGUGAUGGAUUUUGUGAACAGCAAUGAAAACAUCAUCUUCGUGCACAACACCAUCCACCUCAUUUCUCAGAUGGUGGACAACAUCAUCAUCGCCUGUGGAGGCAUCCUGCCUCUCCUGUCUGCUGCCACCUCCCCUUCUAGUUCUAAGAGUAGUGCCAACACUAAGGCAGGAGGAGCCGGACCCCAGAGGGGGUCAAAGGGAGAGGAGGUGACCCCUGUUCCUGGGGGAGGAGGCGCAGGGGGAGAGACGGAGCUGGAGAACAUCGAGGCGACACAGGGCAUGUCUUCCGAGACGGCGGUCACCUUCCUGUCUCGUCUCAUGGCCAUGGUUGAUGUGUUGGUGUUCGCCAGCUCCCUCAACUUCAGCGAGAUUGAAGCCGAGAAGAACAUGUCGUCAGGAGGGCUGAUGAGGCAAUGCCUCCGACUGGUGUGCUGUGUGGCAGUGAGGAACUGUCUGGAGUGCAGGCAGAGACAGAGAGAUCGAAGCUGCAAGUCCUCUUUAACCAGCAGCAAGUCACAGGACAGCCUCCACAGUGCCUCCACCGCCAGCAAGCAGGAUCCAGACAGACUCCUGCAGGAUGUAGACAUCAAUCGGCUUCGAGCUGUGGUUUUCAGAGAUGUGGAUGACAGUAAGCAGGCUCAGUUUCUGGCGCUGGCAGUUGUCUACUUUAUCUCCGUUCUCAUGGUAUCUAAGUACCGGGACAUUCUUGAACCCCAGCGAGAGAUCGGAAGGUCCACCAGCCUUUCAGGAAGAAGCAUCCGCCACGAGAUCAACUCCCCAACCAGUACAGAGCACCCAUCCACAACCUUCUCUGACCGUGACAAACAGACCCCCACCCCUGUGGAUGACUCUCCCCGGGCGGGCCUCCCCCACACGGACUCAGGCAUCGGAGAAGAGGGCCAUGUGGCCGGAUCCCUGAAUGGCUCAGAAAUGGGUUUGGGGCUCGGCCUUGGCCUGGUGGGAAGAGAGACAGACAGAGACAGAGACAGAGAUGUAGGAGGAGGAGGCGGGGGAGGUGGGACAGAUCUGUUGUGCAGUCUGUCGUCUGACGUCAGGAGGUCACAGGAGAGCCUUCUGGAUUCUCCCCACAACCCCGGUUCCACCCCCAACUCCAGCCAAGCCCCGCCUUCAUCCAUCUCCAGCAUCAGCCAAACAAACAAAGGCAUCAAUGUGAAGGAGAUCCUGAAGAGCUUGGUGGCGGCGCCGGUCGAUGGUGGGGAGUUGGGACAGGAGUCUGGACCGACGCCCUAUCACCCAGACCCUGCCCUGAAGACACACCCCAUGCUGCCCAUGCAGUUCCACUCCUUCGACAGGAGUGUUGUGGUUCCAGUCAAAAAGCCGCCACCUGGCAGCCUGUCAGUCAAUACGGUGGGCACACCUACAACCAGUGGAGCCGCCACCGCUGGCAGCACACCGAACAUUUUUGCUGCUGCGACAGCAACACCCAAGAGCAUGAUCAACACUACAGGUGCCACAGACUCUGCCUCCUCUUCCUCCUCCUCCUCUUCGUCGUUUGUCAACGGUGCCACUAGUAAGAAUCUGCCAGCAGUGCAGACGGUGGCACCCAUGCCAGAAGACACCAUGGAGAAUAUGAGUGCCUAUUGUGAGGUGGCGCAGUGCGCGCUGCGCAGCGGUCAGACGCCCCCUGAGCUCAAGUCUUUUAGCUCUCUGGCAGGCUUCCAGGCAGCCCCCCGAGAUGCAGGACAGUGUUUUAGUAUCACCACUAAGCUGGAGCGCGCUCUGGAGAAGGUGGCACCACUGCUGAGGGAGAUUUUUGUGGACUUUGCCCCCUUCCUUUCCAGGACGCUGCUGGGUAGCCAUGGGCAGGAACUGCUCAUAGAAGGUCUGGUGUGUAUGAAGUCAAGUACGUCUGUGGUGGAGCUCGUAAUGCUGCUCUGUUCUCAGGAGUGGCAGAACUCCAUUCAGAAGAACGCUGGACUGGCCUUCAUUGAGCUCAUCAAUGAGGGAAGACUUCUAUGCCACGCCAUGAAGGAUCACAUCGUGCGUGUUGCCAACGAAGCAGAGUUCAUCCUGAACAGACAGAGGGCCGAGGAUGUACACAAGCAUGCUGAAUUUGAGUCUAACUGUGCCCAGUACGCUGCGGACCGGAGAGAGGAAGAGAAAAUGUGCGAUCACCUCAUCAGCGCCGCUAAGCACAGAGAUCAUGUGACUGCUAACCAGCUGAAACAGAAGAUCCUCAACAUCCUGACCAAUAAGCACGGAGCAUGGGGCACAAUGUCACAGAGCCAAUUACAUGACUUCUGGCGUCUAGACUACUGGGAGGACGACCUGAGGAGGAGACGGAGAUUUGUGCGAAAUGCCUUCGGAUCCACUCACGCCGACGUGUCACUCAAAGCUCUGGAGGAAUACGGUACAGAGGAAGAGGAGGAGGGGCCUAAGUCGAAGAAGAAUUUCCGCAGCCAAUCUGUGGUCGCCCAGAACCCAGAGGCGGAGUUAAUGCUGGAGGGAGACGAUGAUGCUGUCAGCCUGCUGCAGGAAAAAGAGAUUGAUAACCUUGCAGGUCCUGUGGUGCUUAGUACUCCAGCUCAGUUGGUAGCUCCAGUAGUGGUGGCUCGAGGCACUCUGUCCAUCACUACGACUGAGAUCUACUUUGAGGUGGAUGAAGAGGAUCCUGCAUUUAAGAAGACUGAUGCUGAAGUACUGGCCUACUCAGAGGGUCUGCACGGCAAGUGGAUGUUCAGUGAGAUCCGAGCCGUGUUCUCCAGACGCUACCUGCUGCAGAAUACUGGACUAGAGGUCUUCAUGGCCAACAGAACGUCUGUGAUGUUUAACUUCCCUGACCAGGCCACAGUCAAAAGGGUGGUCUACAGCCUCCCACGGGUGGGGGUAGGAACGAGCUACGGCCUGCCACAGGCAAGACGGAUUUCCUUGGCUACCCCUCGUCAGCUCUUCAAGUCCUCCAACAUGACGCAGCGCUGGCAGAGGAGAGAGAUCUCCAACUUUGAGUACCUCAUGUUCCUCAACACUAUUGCAGGGAGGACCUAUAAUGAUUUGAACCAGUACCCUAUCUUCCCCUGGGUCUUGACCAACUACGAUUCAGAGGAGCUCGAUCUCACUCUACCUGGAAACUUCAGAGACCUCUCCAAGCCAAUCGGUGCACUGAAUCCCAAGCGGGCAGCAUUUUACGCAGAGCGCUACGAGACAUGGGAUGACGACGGCACGCCUCCUGACCACUACACAACCCUUUACUCCACUGCUCAUUCAACACUGAUGUGGAUGCUCAGAAUAGAGCCCUUCACCACAUUUUUCCUCAACGCAAACGAUAGCAAGUUCGACCAUCCAGAGAGAGCCUUCUCUGGCAUCGGCCGCGCCUGGAGGAACUGCCAGAGGGACACAGCCGAUGUCAAGGAGCUGAUCCCAGAGUUCUACUACUUGCCCGAGAUGUUUGUCAACAGCAACGAGUACGAGCUGGGGUUGCGUGAGGAUGGAGUUCCCGUGUGUGACGUGGAGCUUCCUGCCUGGGCCAAGAAACCCGAAGACUUUGUCCGCAUUAACCGGAUGGCGUUGGAGAGCGAGUUCGUGUCAUGCCAGCUUCACCAGUGGAUCGAUCUAAUAUUUGGCUACAAGCAGCGAGGGCCCGAAGCAGUCCGAGCUCUCAACGUCUUCAACUUCUUGUCCUAUGAGGGAGCAGUCAACCUAGACGUUCUAGAUGCUGCGCAACGUGAGGUGAUUGAGACCCAGAUUCAGGUCUGUGGACAGAUACCCUCCCAGCUUCUGAUUGAGCCACACCCACCUCGCUCCUCUGCCAUGCACCUGUGUUUCCUUCCCCAGAGCCCUCUGAUGUUUAAGGAUCAGAUGCAGCAGGAUGUCAUCAUGGUGCUCAAGUUCCCCUCCAACUCCCCCGUCACACACGUCGCAGCCAACACACUCCCCCACCUCAGCAUACCAGCGGCCGUCACCGUCACAUGUAGCCGGCUGUUUGCCGUCAACCGUUGGCACAACACAGUCGGGCUCCGUGGAGCUCCGGGAUACUCCCUAGAGCAGGCUCAUCAUCUGCCCAUUGAGAUGGACCCUCUCAUAGCGAACAACUCAGGCAUGAACAAGCGUCAGAUCACUGACCUGGUGGACCAGAGUAUCCAAAUCAACACACACUGUUUUGUGGUUACCGCUGACAACCGCUAUAUCCUGGUUUGUGGCUUCUGGGACAAAAGCUUCCGUGUCUACUCCACUGAAACUGGAAAGCUGACCCAGAUAGUUUUUGGCCACUGGGAUGUGGUGACAUGUCUGGCCCGAUCAGAGUCCUACAUCGGAGGAGACUGCUACAUCGUGUCAGGCUCCAGAGACGCUACUCUACUUCUGUGGUACUGGAGCGGACGACACCACAUUAUAGGGGACAACCCAAACAACAGUGAUUAUCCCGCUCCCAGGGCAGUACUGACAGGACAUGACCACGAGGUGGUGUGUGUGUCCGUCUGUGCAGAACUGGGCUUGGUCAUCAGUGGAGCUAAAGAGGGCCCGUGCCUGGUCCAUACUAUCACAGGGGACCUGCUCAGGGCCCUGGAGGGGCCAGAGCUGUGCCAACGGCCUCGCCUCAUCUCCGUGUCCAGCGAGGGCCACUGCAUCAUCUACUAUGAGAGAGGCCGCUUCUGCAACUUCAGCAUAAAUGGAAAACUGCUGGCCCAGAUGGAAGUCAACGAUUCCACACGGGCGAUCCUGUUGAGUAGUGACGGACAGAACUUGGUGACAGGAGGUGAUAACGGAGUUGUGGAGGUGUGGCAGGCAUGCGACUUCAAACAGCUUUACAUCUACCCGGGCUGUGACGCCGGCAUCCGUGCCAUGGACCUCUCACAUGACCAGAGGACUCUGAUCACUGGCAUGGCGUCCGGCAGCAUCGUGGCGUUCAACAUAGACUUUAACCGCUGGCACUACGAACACCAGAACAGGUACUGAGGUGGACCGUGUGAGGAAGAGGAGGGCUGGUGAGGAGGAGAGAAGAACAAGAGGGAGAGGAGGUGAUGCAUUCUGCUGUGUAUCUGCAACACGGGGAAACUACAGGUACCGAGAGGAAGGAAAAACAAGUACCUUACAGUACAAGGGGGAUGUUAACAUGAUUUGAGGAUUGCUGCAGCGCUGAUGGAAAUACUUCCUCUGUGCACACGUGUACGUACACACACGUGUGUAAACCACAGACACAUAACACCCCGAAGAUACACACCAAAACCUGCUAAUAAAAUAGACAGACUGCAGAAUGGAGAAAAGAGCAAAGUCAAGCAGACCUUGUAGAGGUCGAACAUACCCGUACCACUCACAGGACUGGCGCAGUUGCUGUUCCUGGUACGCUUAAUGCUUCACAGACAAAGAACCUAAAUUUUGUUUUUUAAUUUCUUCCUCUUCUUUAUCAGUUUCAUUCUGUACUUUUUUUUGGUUUGAGGAGAAUUAUUUGGGUGGAAAAUAAAUUAAGACUCCUUCAAUGUGUCUAAACUGAUUAGAAAUGGUCAGAAAUGAACCAGCCCCACCCACUAUUCAAAAACCGGUGCUAUUGGCUUGAUCUUAAAUUUACCUUUGAAAAAUUGCCUGGGGUUGUUAUUUUAUUUUAUUUGACUUCAUUUUAUUUUAUUUUAAAGAUAAUUUGUAUUCUUUCUUUUACCCGCAGCAGGGUUAAAUUGAAUUUUAAUGUAAAUAAGGCUCUGCUUCCUUCGGAGUCUACACUUGUUCUUUCACUACACGAACUGCGCUUAUCACCUUUAAUUUAUUAAUGCUUUAAUUUACUUGCUGUAUGUAAAAUAUUGUGUAAUAAUUAUUAUAAUGUUGACAAGACUGAUGGUAAUAACGGCGGUGUCAAGGAUGGUGAUUGUUUUGCCGGAGAUGGUAACGAUAAAGAGAUGUUGCCAGUGCCACCAAGGAUGAAAACCACAAGACGAACAUGAUUUCCUUUGUAUAUUUGGUGAUUGUUUUGUCAAAUAUGUACAUAUAGUCUUGGUUCAGGCUUGGUGGGAGACUUAAUCAGCUGACUAAGACUGAAAGCGCAAAGGAAACCUUCACUUACCCACAUUUGUUGAUUAUUUAAAAAAAGAGAAUCAAAUCAAUGUAAAAGUUUGUUUUGUAUUUGCACUUUGCACCAAUCACAUAUCAUUAUUUAUUAGCUUGGUUCUUUCUGGUCGGCUGCCAUUUUGUUUAGGUCCAUUUUCCCUACGGGAUUAUUUGUGCAUUGAUGUUUGUAUUUAAAACGUUGAGCUCAUGUGUGAUUAUUAAGUUUUACAACCUCACAGUUGUAAGCAAUAUCAUGAUUCUGUAGCUGAUAGAGGUGGGAAGGAGGGAGGAGAGAGGAUGAGAUGUGAGAUGUACUGUAUGUGUGAAGCCAUCUUGAUCAAACGCGCACAUGCACAUACUCUAUCGACAGGUUCAACUUACGUAUCCAAAAAAAAGGUUAAAUAUUUUUGGAUCUAUGAAACCCUAAAAACUAUUGUAUUCAUGUUUUAUUGCAAAGAUGUAAAAUAUGACAUGUGUGAGUUGAAAAAAAAAUCAUAAGAAAAAUAAA